GGGGGUGCUGGAGAGCAGGGGUGGGGAGUGCGCGGACGCUCAGCGCCGGAUGCGAGCCGCGGGUGCGGAGCGGGAGCGCUGCUCCUCCCGCCUCCCGCCCCCCGCCAUGAGCGAGCCACAAUGCAAGAGGCCGAGGCUUUCGGGCCCGGAUGGCCAAGCAGCGGAGAGCCCGCAGCCUGAUGGCGAGGAGGAAGGGGACGACGGGGCGUUGCGCCGUUACCGUGAGGGUGUUUGCGCCGAAUUCUCCGUUGUGACCGGCACGGAUGGGAGCGUAGCGCAGUGUUACCUAGCGGAAAAUGAAUGGCUCCUGGAAAGAGCUCUCAACUCCUAUUUCGAAGCAACUUUUCGGCCAUCUUGCUCUGCAAUGGAAGCUGCCUCACAGAUAACAAGUGCAGCAGAUUUCCAAAGCAUUGAUUUAACAGACGAUAACAGUGUGCAGACGAAUAAUGGGGAUGGCACAGAGUCACAUGUAGAUGAAAGUACCAUCUCACUGUUAACCUGGAACAUCGAUGGACUUGAUUCAGCAAACCUAUCGGAAAGAGCACGUGGUUUUUGCUGUUGCUUGGCGCUGUAUAACCCUGACAUUGUGUUUCUUCAGGAAGUAAUUGAGCCCUAUUAUAAUUAUUUAAAGAAGAGAGCAGUGAACUAUGUUCUAAUUCCAGCAAACAGUGAUGGUUACUACACAACUAUUAUGCUGAAAAAAUCUCGAGUGAAAUUAUUGAAACGAGAAAUAAUAGAUUUCCCAACCACCUCCAUGAUGAGAAACCUCCUUGUUGUUCAGGUGAACCUUGCUGGGAAUGAGCUCUACUUGAUGACUUCCCACCUGGAGAGCACCAAGGAACAUUCCCAGGAGCGGAUUAAACAACUGAGGACUGUGCUGAAGAAAAUGGAAGAAGUACCAGAGCAUGCCACUGUAAUAUUUGGAGGGGAUACCAAUCUGAGAGAUAGUGAGGUGAAAAAAUUAGGAGGAUUGCCAGCUAAUAUCUCAGAUGUCUGGGAAUUCUUAAACAAACCCGAACACUGCCGAUACACCUGGGAUACUACAGCUAAUAAUAACUUGAAGGCGUUUUAUGCUUGUAGGCUCCGCUUUGACCGUGUGUUUUACAGGGCUUCCAGCGAAGGUCAAAUUGUCCCAAAGGAAAUGUCCCUUGUGGGUCAAGACAAAUUGGAAUGUGGACGAUUUUGUAGUGAUCACUGGGGACUCCUUUGUGACUUUGAUAUCAUACUGUGAGACCAACUGAGCUGUUUACAUCAUACAGCAAUUAUGUCUCGAAAGUUAAGUUUUAUGAUUUCUGUAAUUAACAUUUUCAAAGUUCUUUUUGAAUUAAAGAUGUGUGCCAUUAACUACAUCGUAUUUAAGCUUACAAUGCCACUUAAACCCUUGAGUUUGUAGUCAUCCUUCUGCAGAACUAGAGGAAUGCUUGCUGAGGAAAAUUGUAUUGAACACAUUACUGGUAUAAGGGGGUAUUGGGCUAAAUUAUAUAUUGGAGCAGAGCUUGUAACUGCUUGGAAGAACUUAAUUCUAAAGCCAACAGCUUGCAGUGAUAAUAUCUUCCAUUCCUUAGCUCAUUUCUUUUUCUGGAGAGCAGAGAGCAUUCGCUGCAGUUCGUUUAUAAAAUAACUUUUCUAGAAUGACUGCUAAUUGACUACCUCACUGUUUAUGUCAGUGUAGUUGUAUUGGAGGCCUUUGAAAUGAUUUUACUUGUAAUUGUUCUCCAUUUGUGCAAAAAUACCUUUGGUUUAAUUCCUCCAUAGGAUGUCAUCUUAAUUUUAGAAGUUUAUGGAAAAGGGGAAGCCUCUUUUGUCUCAUCUUUCUGCAUAAUUGGAAAUCUUACUUUACUUUUAGGUGCAUAUCUGAUUUAUCCGGAGAUUUUAAUGUUGCAAAUAAAGAUAAUAUUUAACCUCCUGCAAAAUAAACUAUGGAAAAAUAUCCCAUGUUGGUG